AGAGGAGAGACACAGAGAGAGGGAGACUCCCCUUGUGUUUCCAGGCGCCUCUUCCUCCUCCUCCUCCCCCCCUCACGACCCAAAGGGGGCUUUCGGGGCUGACUGGACCGCCCUCUCCUUCCUUCCCUCCGCCUGGUAUUCCUCCACUCCCCCUUUUCCCCUCUUCUCUCUUUCAUUUGUUACCCCUUCCUCCUCUCCCUUGGAUUUGGGACCCUCCCAACAUUCCACUAUUGAGACCCCCCAUAUUUGGACCCCCUUUCCCCCCAAAAUUAAAACACGCCCCUAAUCUGGGACCCCAUUUUAAUUAAAGUACCCCCAUAUUUGGGCCCUUUGCCCCCCAAAAUUAAGGCACACCCCAUAUUUGGGCCCUUUGCCCCCAUUAAUUAGAAUAUACCCCUUAUUUGGGCCCCAUUUUAUUAAAAUGCACCCCCUAUUUGAGCCUCCCCACAAUUAAAACACACCUCUUAUUAGGGCCCCUCUAUUUUAAUUAAAUUAUAUCCCCAAUUUGAGCCUCCCCCCAAAAAAUUUUUAAAAUACACCCCAUAUUUGGCCCCUAUUGCCAUUUAAAACACUCCCCAUGUUUGACCCUCCCCAUAAUUAGAAUAUACCCCCUUAUUUGGGCCCCAUUCCAAUUUAAACACUCCUCCUAUUUGGGCUCCUCCUCCAAAAAUCCCCAUUAAAACACCCCUUUCCCUCAAUUUGAACCCCAUUUUCUCCAUCCUGUUUGAAACGCACCCCAAAUUUGGGCUCCUUGCCCCCCAUAAUUAAAAUCUACCCCUUAUUUGGGUCCCAUCCCAAUUAAAAUAGACCUCUUAGUUGGGCCUCAUCCCAAUUAAAAUAGACCCCAUAUUUGACCUCCUUCCCCCCAUCCAAAUUAAGACCCCCCCCCAAAUUUGGGUCCCUUUCCCUCUGAGGCAGCCUCUCUCCCUCCUUUGGCUGCUCUCCAUUCAUUAAAAGAGGAGCACCCGCCCCACAAUCCCCCUUUUCUUCCGUCCCUCGUGUGUCUCUUGGCUUCCAUUGCCUCCUUCCUCCUUUCCUUCUACCUUCAAAUCCUCAUAGUCAGAUACAAUACAUAUAUACAUAUAUACCUUCCUUUCCUUCCCAACCAAGCCCCUUCCUUCUUUUGUAGGUCUCCUCGCUUGCUCGCUCGCUCGGGGUCUCCUCCAACCCAUUGCCAGACAAAGCCUACCGAUGGUGUGAUUCCUGGGGAGCAGAGCCUUUUUAAACCGUCGGGGCUGUUGGAGAGGUCUAAUUUUUCCUGGAAUUGAGUGGGAAAUUCAGAAGACUGAAGCCCAGGCUCACUGUCUACCUUUCACGGAGGCCGAGCCGUGAGAGGACAGAAGAAGGCACCUGGCGAAUCAUGACAGCGGACAAAGAGAAGGACAAGGAGAAAGAGAAGGAUCGGGACAGGGACCGGGACCGAGAGAGGGACAAGCGAGAGAAGGCGCGAGAGAGCGAGAACUCUCGGCCGCGGCGGAGUUGCACUCUGGAAGGCGGCGCCAAGAACUAUGCCGAGAGUGACCACAGCGAAGAUGAGGACAAUGACAACAACAGUGCCACCACGGAAGAGUCCACCAAGAAGAACAAGAAAAAGCCUCCCAAAAAGAAAUCUCGCUAUGAGAGAACAGAUAAUGGGGAAAUCACUUCUUUCAUCACAGAAGAUGAUGUAGUCUACAGGCCGGGAGAUUGCGUUUACAUUGAGAGUCGCCGACCAAACACUCCAUACUUCAUCUGUAGCAUUCAAGACUUCAAAUUGAGUAAAAGGGACCACCUUCUCAUGAAUGUGAAAUGGUACUACCGCCAGUCUGAAGUUCCAGAUUCUGUCUAUCAGCACUUAGUUCAAGACCGGCACAACGAAAAUGAUUCUGGGCGUGAGCUGGUUAUUACAGACCCAGUGAUCAAGAACCGAGAGCUUUUCAUUUCAGAUUAUGUUGACACCUAUCAUGCUGCUGCCCUCAGGGGGAAGUGUAACAUUUCCCAUUUUUCUGACAUAUUUGCUGCUAGAGAGUUUAAAGCACGGGUGGACUCCUUUUUCUACAUACUGGGCUACAAUCCAGAGACAAGGAGGUUGAACAGCACACAGGGGGAGAUCCGAGUUGGGCCUAGCCAUCAGGCAAAACUUCCAGAACUGCAGCCAUUCCCUUCUGGAGAUGGAGACGCUAUUACACAGCAUGAAGAACUUGUAUGGAUGCCUGGGGUCAACGACUGUGAUCUGCUCAUGUACUUGCGGGCGGCCCGGAGCAUGGCAGCCUUUGCAGGGAUGUGUGAUGGCGGAUCCACAGAAGAUGGGUGCGUUGCAGCCUCCCGUGAUGACACUACUCUGAAUGCCCUCAACACACUACAUGAAAGUAACUAUGAUGCCGGCAAAGCCCUGCAACGCCUGGUGAAGAAGCCCGUGCCGAAACUCAUUGAGAAGUGCUGGACGGAAGAUGAAGUGAAACGGUUCAUUAAAGGACUCAGACAGUAUGGAAAGAACUUUUUCCGGAUCCGAAAAGAGCUGCUUCCCAAUAAAGAGACAGGAGAGCUGAUCACUUUCUAUUACUACUGGAAGAAAACCCCUGAAGCUGCAAGUUCCCGGGCUCACCGCAGGCACCGGAGACAGGCUGUGUUUCGGAGGAUUAAAACGCGGACGGCUUCCACUCCGGUUAACACUCCCUCCAGGCCCCCGUCCAGCGAAUUCUUGGAUUUGAGUUCAGCCAGCGAAGAUGAUUUUGACAGCGAGGACAGCGAGCAGGAGCUGAAGGGCUACGCAUGCCGGCACUGCUUCACCACCACCUCCAAGGACUGGCACCACGGCGGGCGGGAGAACAUCUUGCUGUGCACCGACUGCCGCAUCCACUUCAAGAAGUACGGGGAGCUCCCACCCAUUGAGAAGCCAGUGGACCCUCCCCCUUUUAUGUUUAAGCCUGUCAAAGAGGAAGAUGACGGACUCAGCGGGAAGCAUAGCAUGAGGACAAGGCGGAGUCGAGGCUCGCAGAUGUCUGCACUACGAAGUGGUCGUAAAAAGCAGCCAACCAGCCCUGAUGGUAGAGCCUCACCUAUCAAUGAGGACAUUCGAUCCAGUGGCCGCAACUCUCCCAGUGCAGCCAGCACUUCAAGUAAUGACAGCAAGGCUGAUUCGGUGAAGAAAUCCACCAAGAAGAUUAAAGAAGAGGCGGCAUCACCUCUCAAGAGUUCCAAGAGACAACGAGAAAAGGCAACUUCUGACACCGAGGAGCCUGACAGAAUCAACGCCAAGAAAACCAAAACACAGGAAAUCAGCCGGCCCAAUUCCCCAUCAGAAGGGGAAGGGGAAGGGGAAAGCUCUGACAGCCGGAGUGUGAACGAUGAGGGCAGCAGUGACCCUAAAGACAUCGACCAGGACAACCGGAGCACCUCGCCCAGCAUCCCCAGCCCUCAAGACAAUGAAAGUGACUCUGAUUCCUCUGCUCAGCAGCAAGUUCUGCAGGCCCCCAAUGGUUCUGUCCAGCCCCCGCCUCCAGCCCUCCCUGUGCUGCCACAGCUGCCUAUGCCGCUGCCGGCUGCCUCAAGUGCCCCUUCCUCAGCAUCUCCCCAUAUCUCCACCUCCGUAUCCCAGCCGCCCAGCCAGACUCCAGCUCCGGUUCCUCCUCAUUCUCACAUCCAGCAAGCCCCUUCUCUUCACCCUCAGAGACUGCCUUCGCCUCACCCGCCCCUGCAGCCUCUGACCAUUCCCCAAAGUCAGCCCCAGGCUCCUGCUGUGUCUCAGCUUCACCCACAGCCUCCCCUUCAUGGGCAGAUCCAGGCCCUUCCACACAACCUCCAAGCCCAGACACUGCUGCCUCAUGCUGUCACGACUCAGUCUUUCCCCCUCGCCUCACAGUCAUCGUCGUCAUCUUCUCAGUCUCAGGUUUCUCUGCAGUCGCAGGCCUCUUCCCAUCCUUCCCAUGCAGCGCUUCAGGUGUCAUCGGCACAGCCUCCCCUGCAAGUCCCUUCUCCCAUGCAGCAGCCCUCACAGCCUCCACGAGAGCAGCCCCUGCCUCCUGCCCCCAUGUCCAUGCCUCACAUCAAGCCCCCUCCCACCACUCCAAUCCCUCCGCUCCCCACACCGCCGUCCCACAAGCACCUUUCAGGACCUUCACCGUUCUCCAUGAACUCCAAUCUGCCACCGCCACCGGCUCUGAAGCCGCUCAGCUCACUCUCAACCCAUCACCCGCCAUCCGCACACCCUCCUCCUUUGCAGCUCAUGCCUCAGAGUCAGCCUCUGCAGCCUUCUCCGGCCCAGCCUCCAGUCCUGACGCAAAACCAGAGCCUUCCUCCCUCUGCCAACCACCCUCCCUCUGGUCUCCAUCAGGUGCCUCCUCAACCCCCUUUCUCCCAGCAUCCCUUUGUUCCUGGGGGCCCACCACCCAUCACUCCUCCAUCUUGCCCAUCCACCUCCACACCACCUUCCGUGCCUGGUGCUCAGCCUCAGGCAGCAGUCUCCACAUCUGCCUCCUGCAGCGGAAAUGUCCCCGGGGUGACGCCCUGCACGAUACCACCGAUUCAUAUCAAAGAGGAGGCUCCCGAUGAAGCCGAAGAGCCAGAGAGUCCCCCUCCUCCUCCCAGGAGUCCAUCGCCAGAACCAACAGUCGUGGAUACACCAAGCCAUGCCAGCCAGUCGGCUAGGUUUUACAAGCACCUGGACCGUGGCUACAACUCGUGUGCAAGGACAGACCUGUACUUCAUGCCACUCGCGGGUUCCAAGCUGGCUAAGAAGCGAGAGGAAGCCAUUGAGAAGGCCAAGAGGGAGGCAGAGCAGAAGGCAAGAGAAGAGAGGGAACGGGAGAAAGAGAAGGAAAAGGAGAGGGAGAGAGAGCGUGAGCGUGAGAGAGAAGCAGAAAGAGCGGCGCAGAAAGCAUCCAGUUCCUCCCAUGAAGGACGUCUUGGAGAAGCCCAGCUGAGUGGGCCAGCUCACAUGAGGCCUUCCUUUGAACCACCUCCCACCACCAUUGCAGCAGUCCCCCCCUACAUUGGUCCAGACACGCCAGCGCUACGGACUCUCAGCGAGUACGCACGUCCUCAUGUCAUGUCCCCCACAAACCGCAACCACCCCUUCUUUGUCCCCCUCAAUCCCACCGACCCACUUUUGGCCUACCACAUGCCUGGCCUUUACAAUGUGGACCCCACCAUCCGGGAGCGAGAACUGCGUGAACGGGAGAUCCGGGAGCGAGAGAUCAGGGAGCGGGAGCUGCGUGAGAGGAUGAAGCCAGGCUUCGAGGUGAAGCCGCCAGAACUCGAUGCGCUGCACCCUGCCACCAACCCCAUGGAGCACUUUGCCCGCCAUGGCGCCCUCACCAUCCCACCCACGGCGGGCCCACACCCCUUUGCUUCCUUCCACCCAGGGUUGAAUCCUCUGGAGCGGGAGAGACUCGCUCUGGCAGGCCCCCAGUUGCGGCCUGAUAUGACCUACCCGGACAGACUGGCUGCUGAAAGGAUACAUGCCGAGCGCAUGGCAUCGCUUACCAAUGACCCCUUGGCCAGGCUCCAGAUGUUCAACGUGACUCCGCAUCAUCACCAACAUUCACACAUACACUCGCAUCUACACCUCCAUCAGCAGGACCCACUCCAUCAAGACUGUUUGGCAACCAGAUGUCACUGCAGACACUACAGACAGAGAAGCUCAGCAGGACCUGUCCAUCCCCUCGUGGACCCCUUGGCAGCCGGACCUCACUUGGCACGCUUCCCCUAUCCUCCUGGUACUAUCCCAAACCCAUUGCUAGGGCAGCCGCCCCACGAGCAUGAAAUGCUCCGGCAUCCUGUCUUCGCAUCCUGUUUCCAACAGAGGCCGGCCCAGAUGCCUCUGGGAAGCCCACAAGCAGGGCGUGAUGGUAACAGCCCUCCCCCAGUAUUACUCCCCAGCAACUGGUUUUCAGAGGCGGCCGGCUUCUGUAGAUGUACCCCCUACCCACGUGACCUCCCUGGUGCCAUCCCUCCUCCAAUGUCAGCAGCCCACCAGUUACAGGCCAUGCAUGCGCAGUCCGCAGAGCUUCAGAGACUAGCGAUGGAGCAACAGUGGCUUCACGGUCACCCCCACAUGCAUGGGGGGCACCUUCCUAGCCAAGAAGACUAUUACAGUCGACUGAAGAAAGAAGGCGACAAGCAGUUGUAAUAAAUUAUUUAUUGGUAAUGCUGGCUCUAGAAGAUCCCAGUCCUUGGGCAGAAGUGGAAUGUGUUUGUCUGCGCAUGGGAGAACUGAGGAAGCCAGGGAACGCUCUUGUAAAGAUACCGUUCUCUGUUUCAAACGGAAGGAAACCCCGCAAGGAAGGCCAGCAGCUACAGACUUUACUCAGCACAUCUAUUCUAGUAUUCAUUUGUAGAGAAGAUUUCUCAAGACCAGUUCAGGAAUCCGCCUUGCAUGAGAAAACCUAUUAAGAAGCCUAUUGAAAGAAACAACAGCAAACAACACAGGACUGGAUGAACCAUUCAGAGGAUUUUCUUGGGCAAUCUUGGGAGGGUCUGUUUUGGGUUCUCUCUUUAUUUUGGGAUUCAUUUUUAUUUUCUCAUUUUGAGUAGGUGCUAGAAUCAGGUUCACGACUUAAUGCAAGCCACUGUGCAUAAAAAAAACACUCGAUUUAUAUAUAUAUAUAUAUAUAGAUAGAUAUAUAUAUAGAUAUACAUACACUUGAAAGAAAAAACAAACCAAGAGUUGCAAGUAGGUGGCAUAAAACAACCUCUGAAAAUCCAAGUGCUAUAACAAGAAUUUUAAAAGAAAAAAAAAUCUACUUUUAUUUUAAUACAUUGUAGGAGAACUUCAUAAUUUUAAAGAGAGCUUUGCAGCAUGGCUUUUUAAGUCUGUAAAUAACUUUUUGGGGUUAGGGGUUAAAAAAGAUACUAUUAUUAUUAUCAUCAUCUCCACCAACUCCUGAUUUCUUCCUCCCCUCCCCAGCUUUGAGUAACAUCACAAAAUGGUGACUUCCUAUCUGGCGUUGACAAGAAUACAGAGUUGAUUUUUUAAUAUAAGAGGAAUAUAUAUAAUUAUCCCUUUAAUUAAAGGGACAACUGUCAAGGGGCGGGGAGGGAUCAAUAAUUCCACGGCGGGCAAGAGCUUGACUUUACAGUCGCAACCUAAGCAUUACAAAGAGUUGCAGGGAUAACGUUUUUUUGUGCACAUAACGCACGUUGUUCCUUUUAAUUUAACUCCCUUUGUUCCACGAACGUCAGAAGCGUUUCCUGUUUCGGUUCUUGGUUUGGCCACCCUUCCGUUCGGUAGGGACAUAAAGUACAUUCCUGCAGUAAGGUAAAUGGCUGUGUUUCUUUCCUUUUUAAAGGUUGCAGUACAGUCCUCCGUGUCCUCUUUUACAAGCACUUUUUGGAAGAGAAACUGUAAUGGGUAGCUUUCCAGGAAUGGCCCCUUCCUCUCCGUUCUCCGGAGCGUCAAGGCAAGCGGCAGCACCCUUUCGAAAAGCACUGUUUUUGCUUCAUUGACAUAGAUAGCAUCAGCGUGAAAAAUAUAUGUUGAAAAUAACACUCUCUCUCCACCAAAUCCCAAUACUAAUAAUAAUCCGGGUUUUUCCUACCCACCUACUACCAACCUUGUUUGUGUAAGGAGGAGAUUCCUCAUUCUCUUCAGUGUCAAAAUAGUCACCAUGGGUUUGGUCUAUGGAGAGACUAAGGUGGCAGAUUUGCCUGAAUUGGAGUCUUUAGAGAGAGAUGUUUGGGACGUGUUGGCGUUGUAGUGGAUUGUGAGCACCCCACCUAAAAUAAAUAGCGCAUGUAUAAUGUGAGCAUGUGCAGAAUGAAAUCCUGCCCUUAGUGGCUUUUGUCCAUUUUGAAAGAAUUGGCACAGUUGCGGAAAUCAAGCUGCAAAGCUUAAAAUCCCCAUCAUGACGGGGCCUCUGCGUCAUUUUUUAAUAAGCCUGGUUUUAUCAGACUUUUGCUUUGUUCAUUAAACUGUUUUAAGGACACGGUUGAUUUAGAUGAGCCUAUAUAGUUGCCAGACGGAAAACUAGCGAAGGCCCUUGUUUUGUAGAAGAAGCUUUGGCCCAUGUUUGCCUGUGACCUAGCUUUGUGACAAGCAGGGCCUGCUGAAAUUUGCAGGUUUCUACACAGCCGCUAAAGGUCCAGAAGCCUUGUCCAGUUUGGAUCGGUCAGCGCUAUCAGUCCGCAAGAGCCAAAUGUGCAACGGUCAAGUGGUAGACAGUGCGGGCGUGCAUCCUCCAUGCUAUUACCUUGUGCGCCUUUUGCAAAAUCCCUCUUGGUUCAAAGGCACUUUCCAGUUAGCAGGGCAGGGAGUCCAUCAAGGCACACCUUCUUCUGGCAGCUGCCUCUCUCUCAAGUUCAUGAGGACUGUACAAAGUCUAUUUAUAUUCUCUUCCCACUGUUUCUUUAAUGAAGUAGAUGGAACUACAGGAACUCAUGCCACAUUCUUGCUGCCGGUUACAUUUCCCCACAUAGUUGCAUUUAUCGUAAUCUUUUCUUUUUCUCCCUUUGGAGGGGUCUCUCUUUUUUCCGUGAAGACUGUUAUCCGUGGCGAUCCCUUGUAGGUCUCCAUUGGGUUACAUGAGAGAAUAACCCUGUAGCUAAUUGUUUUACUGUCUCCAGAAGAACAGAACAGGUGAUGUUUAAACCUGUUGUAACAUAAUUUCUGGGUUCUUCCUACCUCUCGGAGCAGAGAGUAGGUCUCCCUUCACUUAGCAUCCCACCUCUUUUUCUCACUCCCAUCGCAUGAUACCAGUGCUUUUAGACCAAUUAUCACCAUUUAAUGUCAAGAGGGGUAAUGUCAAACUGUAUCUGUGUCACAAAUCCACAACCCUCCAGGUUGUCCUGAGUUUAGCUAGGUGAACCAAGCCAUUUGUUUUUGAGCAUCCAGAUCUGAUGCAGCAACAGUUUAAGUCUAUCCUAGUCCCCAGCCUUAAUACAGGAGACCAGGACUAACCCAGACAGGCAAUGUAUUUCCAGGUUGGACAUGUCUGCCUCGUCUCAGGUCACUUUAUGCGCCAAGGACUAAAAUACCAAACUGAAGGGCACUGAAAAAAUAACUCUCUAGAUUGGAGGUGUCUGCCUCCGCUAGCAAAAUGAUGCUAAAAAGAUGCCUGAAGCACUGUUGAACCCAAGCGGUAUUUCCCGUCUUAGUUACGCCAUCGGUUCCAAAAUAAACGCAACGUUAACAGCCUGCCUUACUGGCAGAGUGUCCCAAACCCAGACCCAGUCAUGUUACGUCGUUUUUAUUGAUGUUUUUUUGUUAAAAAGGCACUUCGAUCCCUAAAUUGUCGUGAAUUUUCUCGGAGGAAACAGGAAAGAGUGGCUUCGGUAAAGGCGACGGUCUUUGCUCCGGGGGUCUGUUGCUCCCUACCAAGACUGAGUUUUCCCAUUUGGGGACACAGUUUCGGAUGGGUGGCAUAAAUACGUUCUCCUGUCGGAACGACCAUUUAAUUUCACCGCUUAAGUUUUCAGCGUAGGUUACUAUUCUGAAUCAUUCCAGGGUGGUGGGAAGCCCUUUUUCUAAUGGUUAACUACAGCGUUGUUUGCUCCCAGCCUCUUUAAGAUCAUCCUUUUCUGUUCACAGAAAAUUCCUUUUAAUUAAUUUUUUUGGAAACUUUACAGUUCAUUUUUUAGCUUUCGUUGGUGUGCGUUUUGCGUGGUUCGUUAGUUUUUUCUUUCCAAACCCGUUUCUCGUUCAGUGUUGUCAUGGUUUUCGAGCUCGUUUUUUUUCCUUUUUGCUGCACCGUUUCAAAAAAAGAAAGAAUAUACAUCCUGACAGCUACGUUUAUAUAUAUCUUGAGAGCUUAGUGUACAUAUGAGUAGUUUGCCAUGGGAUAACACAGUGUACAACAGAGUAGAAAACCCAGAAAUCGUGACUUCUGUGUUCUCUCCAUUUGAGUAUUUUGUAAUUUUUUUGAAAUAUUUGUGGACAUAAAUAAAAACCAAGCUACACUAUG